CAAUUUGAAGCUGCUCCUCCGGGGUGUUUGAACAGGAAGGCGGACAUGUUGGCCGAGCUGUGUGAGAAAAAAAUUGUGCACAGUAUGCGAUUGUUUUCCCAAAACUAAAACACAUCGUACGUGAUUCCUGUUUAUAUUCUGUGUGAGAGCUCUUGCAGUUUGGACGGGGGAAACAAUCGACACUCAUUGACAGCUGCAGGGAUGCAGCGGAAGGACUGCCGUUGAAAACGUUAAAGCGGCUCCGUGUUUAAACUUCGAAAUUUGGAAGAAGCAGAAGUUUUUUUCCACCACCACUUCUACUUUUGAGCUGUCAGUCUGUGGCUUUGUGCAGGGGCCUGGUACAACUAUGAGAACACGCCUGGAUUAGUCUUCUCUCUUUAUUUUUGAACAUUGCAUUUACCUAUAACUGCCUUUUGUGUGGAACGUUUUAAGCCUUUAUCCCCAGCGGCAUCCUACGGAGGUUGUCUAAUCUGUCGCCGCAUUUAUCUUUGCCACUGAAGUUGUUUGUCUCUCGUACAGAAGGGGAAAACAUUCCCCGACUUUGAAAAUGUGGAGUGUUAGGUGCCACAUUAACGCCUUGUUUGUCCGUGAAAGCUCUGGGACAAGGAUGCAUUUUCUUUGAGGUGCGGUAUAAAGUUCACACGAAGAAAGGGACGUUUGGCUGGCUAGCUACAACUGGCUAACGCUAGCUAGCCAGCUUUCUUGCCUCGCCAGUGAGCUGUUUUUGUUCAUAACCCACCCUCGGAACUGUGCUUGACAACAAAAAUGUCUGCAGGAGAAGGCAUGGAGGCUCGGUUUGAAAAAAUCGACGCCAUGUUACAGGACCCCAAGUCGGAAAUCAACACGGAUUGUCUACUGGAUGGCUUGGACGCUCUGGUAUACGACCUUGACUUCCCUGCUCUUAGGAAAAACAAGAGCAUCGACAACUUCUUGAAUAGAUAUAAAAAAACGAUUAGUAAAAUUCGUGAUCUACGAAUGAAAGCAGAGGACUAUGAGGUGGUUAAAGUUAUUGGAAGAGGUGCAUUUGGAGAGGUUCAGUUGGUAAGGCACAAAGCCACACACAAAGUAUACGCCAUGAAGCUGCUGAGCAAGUUUGAGAUGAUCAAAAGGUCAGACUCUGCUUUCUUCUGGGAAGAGAGGGACAUUAUGGCUUUUGCCAACAGUCCAUGGGUAGUGCAGCUUUUUUUUGCAUUCCAAGAUGACCGCUACCUCUACAUGGUGAUGGAAUACAUGCCUGGUGGGGAUCUGGUUAACUUGAUGAGCAACUAUGACGUCCCAGAGAAGUGGGCCCGUUUUUACACAGCGGAGGUGGUCCUCGCUCUGGAUGGAAUCCACUCCAUGGGCUUCAUUCACAGAGAUGUAAAGCCUGAUAACAUGUUGCUCGACAAAUCAGGUCACUUAAAACUCGCAGACUUUGGAACGUGCAUGAAGAUGAACGAGGAUGGAAUGGUACAAUGUGACACAGCAGUUGGAACUCCAGACUACAUUUCGCCUGAGGUACUGAAAUCCCAAGGAGGAAAUGGCAACUAUGGCAGAGAGUGUGACUGGUGGUCAGUAGGAGUGUUUCUUUAUGAGAUGCUCGUCGGCGAUACUCCUUUCUAUGCAGACUCAUUGGUGGGGACUUACAGUAAAAUCAUGAACCACAAGAACGCCCUGACCUUCCCCGAUGACAGUGACAUUUCAAACGACGCCAAGACUCUCAUCUGUGGUUUCUUAACUGACAGGGAAGUUCGGCUUGGCCGUAAUGGAGUAGAUGAGAUCAAGAGGCACCCUUUCUUCAAGAAUGACCAAUGGACAUGGGAGAACAUCCGAGAGACUGCUGCCCCUGUGGUGCCUGAACUCAGCAGUGACAUUGACACCAGUAACUUUGAUGACAUCGAGGAGGACCGGGGAGAGGAGGAGACCUUUCCAAUACCGAAGGCCUUUGUGGGCAAUCAGCUUCCUUUUGUUGGCUUCACAUAUUACAGCACCCAGCAUCCUUUGCGUAGCUCCACUGCCUCAAAGACCAGUGACAAACGUAGCAGUUCAACGAAAGAGGACAAGAGUCACCUGGAGAACCUGCAAAAACAGAUCUACCAAUUAGAGGAGCAACUCCACAGUGAAAUGCAACAAAAAGAUGAGUUGGAACAUAAAUGCAGGGCAUCAAACACCAAGAUUGAGAAGAUUAUGAAGGAGUUGGAUGAGGAGGCGAACCUGAGGAAGAGUGUAGAAGCCAGCAUGUCUCUGCUGGAGAAAGACAAGAUUAUGCUGCAGCACAGAUUCACCGAGUACCAAAGAAAAGCUGACCAGGAGGGAGAAAAGAGGCGCAAUUUAGAGAAUGAAGUGUCGACUUUAAAGGAGCAGCUUGAAGAUAUGAAGAAGAUCAGUCAGAACUCGCAGGCCUCAAAUGACAAGAUUGUCCAAUUGCAGAAGCAGAUGGAGGAGGCAAAUGACCUGCUGCGCGCAGAGUCGGACACAGCGGCGAGACUGAGGAAGAGCCACACGGAGAUGACGAAGUCAAUGAGCCAGCUGGAGAGUUUGAACCGUGAGCUGCAGGAGAGGAGCCGGGCAGCAGAUGGAGAGAAGGCACAGCUAGAGAAGGAGCUCCUGCUUCUUCAGAGCACCCUGGAGUUGGAGCAAAGAAACUACAGUCAGGGAUCAGAGGAGAUGAGGGAACUGCAAGCGAGACUGGCCGGAAUGCAAGAGGACAACAAAAACUUGAAGAUUAAUCUUUCUAAAGUGGAGGGGGAACGGAAGCAAGCCCAGGAAAGGAGCAACUACCUGGAGAAGGAAAAGAACAGCUUGGAGAUUGACCUGAACUACAAGCUGAAGACCCUGCAACAGCGUCUGGAACAGGAGCAGACUGAGCACCGAGUGACGCGGGCACAGCUCACAGACAAAUAUGAAUCUAUUGAAGAAGCCAAAUCAGCUGCUACGACUGCUGUUCAGCAGAAGAUGGGAGAGGAGACUGGAGCCAGGAUAAGAGCAGAAUGCCGGGUGGUGGAGGUUGAGAAGCAGUGCUCAAUGUUGGAAUUUGACCUGAAGCAGUCAGUGCAGAAAAUGGAGCAGCUGAUGAAGCAAAAGGAAAGGCUGGAAGAUGAGGUGAAAAGUCUGCACCUACAUCUGGAACAGGAGUCCAGUAAGCGACUCUUGGCCCAGAAUGACCUGAAGAGCCGCACGCAGGACGCUGACCGCCUGAGGUGUUCAGAGAAGCAGCUCAAGCAAGAGAUCAACACAGUGCUAGAGAGUAAACGCUCACUGGAGUUCCAGCUGGCACAGCUGACAAAACAGUACAGAGGCAACGAGGGACAGAUGAGGGAACUUCAGGACCAGCUUGAAGCCGAACAAUAUUUCUCUACACUUUACAAAACUCAGGUUAAGGAAUUGAAAGAGGAGAUCGAGGAACGGAACCGGCAGGUACAAGAAGCUCAGAAGAAGGUGCAUGACUUGAUAAGUGAAAGGGAAUCGUUGUCUGCUCAGCUGGAUCUGACAGUAACCAAAGCUGAGUCUGAGCAGCUUGCUCGGGCUCUUCAAGAGGAGCAGUACUUCGAACUCAGUCAGGAGAACAAGAAAGCAACAGCUAGGCACAAGCAGGAGAUUGGCGAAAGAGAGGCCAAUAUUGCAAGGCUUGAGGAAUCCAAUAAAACUUUGACCAAAGAUGUGGAGAACCUCAGCAAAGAUAAUACAGAGUUGAAGGAGAAGCUUCGUCUACAGGAGGAAGCAUAUGACUCACAGAAGGAAGAGAUCACAGCUUCAAUCAAAGCCAACUUUGAGAAGGUGCUCCAAACUGAGCGCACACUGAAGACUCAGGCCGUGAACAAACUGGCAGAGAUCAUGAAUCGUAAAGACAUGAAGCUCGACCAUAAGAAGAAAGGCAGCACCGCAGAACUGCGCAAGAAGGAGAAAGAUAACCGCAAGCUUCAGCAAGAGCUCAAUCAGGAGAAAGAGAAGUUUAACAUCAUGGCCAUCAAGUACCAAAAGGAGCUCAACGAAAUGCAGGCGCAACUGGCAGAAGAAUCCACAUAUCGCAACGAGCUGCAGAUGCAGCUGGCUAGCAAAGAGAGCGACAUCGAGCAGCUCCGCGAGAAGCUGAACGAUUUGCAACAGCGUAUGGAGAAUUCAAGCAUCACCAGCUUGCAGGCUGAUGAAAUAGACAGUAAUACUGCAGAAUCCAGAUUGGAGGGUUGGUUGUCCAUUCCUAAUCGUGCUAAUAUCAAGCGAUAUGGAUGGAAGAAACAGUAUGUGGUGGUGAGCAGUAAGAAGAUCCUGUUCUACAAUGAUGAGCAGGAUAAAGAACAGUCCAACCCCUCCAUGGUACUUGAUAUCGACAAACUUUUUCAUGUGAGACCAGUCACACAAGGAGACGUGUACCGAGCUGAAACAGAAGAGAUUCCUAGGAUAUUCCAGAUUCUGUACGCCAACGAGGGAGAGUGCAGAAAGGAGGCAGAUUUGGAGGCGGUCCCUCAGGGCGACAAGACCAACUGUCUCGCACAUAAAGGUCACGAGUUCAUCCCCACAUUAUAUCACUUCCCCUCCAACUGUGAGGCCUGCUCCAAGCCCCUGUGGCAUGUGUUCAAGCCGCCUCCGGCUCUCGAGUGCCGCCGCUGCCAUGUGAAGUGCCACAGGGACCACCUCGACAAAAAGGAGGAUGUUAUUGCUCCUUGCAAAGUAAACUACGAUGUAACCUCUGCCCGGGACAUGCUUUUACUGGCCGUGACCCAAGAGGAGCAGAAGAAAUGGAUUGGUCACCUUGGAAAGAAGAUUCCAAAGACCCCACCAUCAACAUUUUCUAGAGUCUCGCCUCGUAGCAUGUCCACUCGCGCUGGACCCAACCAGUCCUUCCGCAAGAACCCUAAAAGCAAUACGGGAAAGCUGAGCUAACCAUCUGAACCGUUGGGACUUUUCUGGACUCUAAAACUUUCCUUCUUUUCUCAUCAACAAAAACGGAAAAGGCCUGUACUAUAUCAAAAAAUGUAUUGAAGACACAUAAAAUUGCUAAACUAAAGCGGCUGGAGAACUGCAGUUCACCUCACAAAGCGCACCAUCGUGGACUUUAAAAGGCUGAAUCCACGCCAUCUGCCUUUCUUUUUCCCUCCUCUCUCUAAAAGAAGUGUCAAGCUUAAUGAACUCGCAUUUCUACAUUGCAACCAGAAGAUGGCGCACUUGUUUUUUUUAAUUAGGGAUGGACAAUAGAGAUUGGAAGGACUCAUGUUGGCGUUCCCUGCUUCAUGUUUUGUAACAAAUGUUGAUGGAACCUGGUAGGGGGUAUGUGCUCCUGCAAGUGUGUUUUUAUUUUAAGGUACUGUUAUACAGGGAUUAUAGAUCUGCAGUAAAACUUUGGAUCUCAGGGGUGGAAAGUAGAUAUAUCUGUGUCGUAGUUUCUUUCCCCGCCUGACCGAUAUUUCAGCUAAAUGCAACAGUUGUUUCCAACUUAAAAAAAAAAUUACACGAUGCCUUCAUCUAACUAUUGUUGCUGGCCUUUUUCGCGUUUUGUUUUUUUCUUAUUACUUUGCAACUCAGUUAUCAGGUUUUGGGACAGCAUUUGUUUUUUGGGACAUGAGUAUUAGAUGUUUUGAGUAUUGAGAGAGGAGCAUGCAAGAUCAUCAUUUAAAUCUAUGCAUUAUUUUUAUUAUUUUUAUUGCUCCAAGCCAUGGAGAGAACUCAGCUGUAAUGGCAUAUAGGAGUCAUAAAAUUUAACGGAUUUUGUUUUCUGUUUAUUUGGUACAUUGUCUCUGUAAUAUUUUUUCUUUUUUCCUUUUUGUAAUGUAUUGCCUUAUAUUGGUUAAUAGAGAAAUGGCUCAAAAGGAAAACAUUAAGUUAACAAAUGUAAAACUGCACUGUUUGACUUGAGUGUAAAUUAUUUGUAGAAGACUAAACAGGUGUAGCAUUUGGCCCACCUUGUGCCUUAACGUUUGGAUAUUGAUUUUACUGCCAUAUCGGUUCUUUUUUUUUUUUCUUUCAAUUUUGUUGCAACAUAAGACAAAUCUUAACUCUUCCAUUGUUAUUUUUUUAAGAAAUUGCAACCUGUUUGGUUUUUAUCAGAAAAUUCUUUCUCUGGUUAUGAAUAUUAAAAUAUAUAUAUAUAUAAGUAUAUUAAAAUACCUCUUUAUGGACACAAAGCUCCCAAACUUGGUUCAUAUUGUAUCAGACGUUUCAUAAAGGGUUUAUGCAAAAGUAGUCUGUGUGAAUGAUGGACAAAUUAACAAAUACAAGUUGUCUCUCAUAUGUUUAGUUAUUGCAUAUCCCCGCUUCUGACUGUACAUAAAGAAAGACAAAAGGAUUACAGAAUACCUCCACAGUCUUUCCUUUAAGAUUUUUUAUUUUCUUUUCAGUAAAAAAAAAAAAAAAACACUGGAAAUAUGAUCUCUUGUCUUGGAUAAUUUGCAUGGGUAAUUUGCAUUGGACCCCGCACUGAUGGAUAUGUCAAUAAACAUAUCUUUAUCAUG